UCUUUCUCCGAUACUCUUCUCUCUUAUCUUCACUUUGGCCUCACCACAAGCAACCAAACUGUCUCAUGUUAUCAGAUCUCUAAGUUGGCUUGUUGGGAGCACUGAAACAUGGUUUCUCCUCAAAGCAAUUUUCCCCGAAAAACCCUAAAACCCCAUUAAAACCCAAAAGUUCCAGAUCUCUCUCUCUCUCAAAGUUAAUGCCUUUGAGCUUUUAUGUGGCAAAGAUCCAGUUCCUGCAAUCCUGGGUUUUCUUGAACCCCAAUCUUGUCUGUAAGUUUGGUCCGUCUUCAUUGUCUUUGAUUCUUGUCUGACUUAUCAAUUAUCACUUUUUUUUUUCUUUUGUUGUCUUUUGUCUUUAAUUUUGUUUCCUCCACUUGAUUUUGUCUUCCCUUGUCUGGAUUCCAUUAAUACAGCUGGUGGGUUCAUGGUUUUCAGGCAUAAUCACUCCUUCUCCGGCUCAGUUCCACGUAUUUAAUGCUCUUGGACCUCUCUCACCGCAUAAAAAUCCAAUCUUUCUAAUAAAGAAUCAAUCUUUCAAUCACCCAUUUUCAUAAUUUCCCCUAUUCUCUUCAUAAUCUCCUCCUUUGUUACUUUCUAUAAUACAAUAUAAUAAAUACCUGUUAUGGAUAUCAGAAGCCAUGACUUGAUUGAGAGAAGAGCAGAAGGUAACAACAAUGAUAGCAGCCACAACAAUUACAAUGGAAACAACACUUCUGUCUCUUGCACAACUCAAACCCUAGAUCAUCAUUAUCACCGACAAAAGUCACCGUCUUCGUUGUCUUUGCCUGGUUCCAAUGUUGCCAAGACAGUGCGGUAUCGCGAGUGCCUGAAGAAUCACGCCGCGAGCGUCGGCGGCAGCGUCCAAGACGGCUGCGGCGAGUUUAUGCCCGGCGGCGAAGAGGGCACAAUCGAGGCCCUCAAAUGCGCCGCCUGCGACUGCCACCGCAAUUUCCACCGGAAAGAGGUCGAUGGAGGCGGUGGAAACCGCCCGUACGGCUCCUCCGCCGCCCUCAGACCACCACCGGCGGUGGGGAUGAGCAUGAUGAUGAGUCCCCUCAUGGUUUCGCCCCCGGCGAGUUUCCACCACCGGAAGUACGGAAUGGUAACGCCGAUGAGCGUUGCUUACGGCGGAGGAGGAGCCGAGUCGUCGAGCGAGGAUCUGAAUUUGUACGGACAGUCAAGUGGGGAGUACGGAGCGGCUGUGGGAACGCAGACGCAACCGCCGUUUUCGAUGACGAAGAAGCGAUUCCGGACGAAGUUUACAUCGGAGCAGAAGGAGAGGAUGAUGGAGUUUGCCGAGAAGCUGGGAUGGAGGAUGAACAAGCAAGACGAGGAAGAGCUGGAGAGAUUCUGCGCAGAGAUCGGAGUCAAGAGGCAAGUGUUCAAGGUUUGGAUGCAUAAUAACAAAAACAAUGUCAAGAAACAACAGUCCAUGUAAUGAUCAUGAAGAUCAUAUAAUAUAUAUAUAGGCCUAUAUCUAUAUGAAAUAUAUAUAUAUGUAUGGCAUGAGUGUUAGUGUUAAUUAUUGUGGAUGAUGAAAGACCAUGUGUUUCAAUGUUUAGUUUAGCAGUUGUGUUUCCAUCACUGCAUGUUUUGCUUGUCAGUGAUCUUGUUUUGUUUA